GCUGCAUUAAGUGCUUCUCGAGACAUCAGUACAGCGAGUGUGCACUGCAGCAGAUGUGGAAGAGCCCACUACUCAAAAGACAACAAAGGCAGCACACCUAAAUGAAUAAUACAUUUCGCGCAAGGCAGCGGGACAUAGUGAGACCUUAUCAUAGACUUUACCUCCUUCACAACAAACUCCGGACUGUGUGUGUUGUUGGUCCGCAAAAAUGAUCACAAGAGGAUGCUAUGUUUUUACAUUAUUGGUGAGCUACGUGCUUUCAAUCCCCGUUCCUUCAGAUCAAGUGGAGAAAGAUGACAUUAAGGUAAUGAAAUGUAUCGUGGAGGUGAUCGCUGACUCGCUGAACAAGCCCCAUCCCAUCGCCAUCAGCCAGGAGUGCCAGGACUCUCUUACAGGAGAUGACCGAAUUGCCUCCAUCCUACGGCACCAGAACCUUCUCAAGGAGUUGCAGGAAAUUGCUGCUCAAGGAGUCAGUGAGAGAGUCCUCCAUUCACCACAGAAGAAGAGUGGAGAAGAUAGCGAUCAGGUGACCAAUGCCCUUGGGGGUCACCCAGGUGCGGAGGACACAACAGAUAGAGACCGGCUGAACACGGAUACAGGACUGGAGCACAUCCGCUCUGCGCGGGCGUUCUCUGUCACGGAUUUACGGUACGCGCUGAACGGCAUCAUGGGACAGGGGACGCGAAGGAGGAGAAGACGAGGCUGCUCGGCAAAGCCAGGAAGAGGAGAAGCAGGAGGAAGAGGAGGAGGAGAAGAAGGCCUCGGUAGAGGAGGAGAGGAAAAGAAGGAGGAAGAGACUCACUCCAGCUCUGGGGAGGAUGAGGGGAAGGGAAAAGAGGGGAACGGAACAGAAGAGGAUGACAGCACACAAGUAAGCCAAGACGGGGAGGCCGAGCCGCUGAAGGCCGUCCCUGAGGCAGAGUCCCAGGAGAAAGGCUCCAAGCAAGAGGAGGAGGUGGAAGAAGAAGAAGAGAUGGAGGGAGAGCCAGAAGAUAAGAAGAGUUCGGAGGGGGCGGAGAAGGAAAGUGAAGAGGAGGCAACAAAGAGAGAAGAAGAGUCGCCCCGCGAACCGUCCGAGGGCGCGGGGGGAGACGUGCGCGUGGGCCCCGAGGGAGGGAACCCGAUGGAGGAGAAGCAGGGGGCCCCGCAGCUGCUGUGGUACGCGCCCCGCCACUCCAAGGAGAACAGCGAGGAGGUGGAGCGCAGGAGCCCGGAGGCGCAGGAGCUCCACAUGAUGGCCCACGGGGAGGCGGAGGAGGGCAGCGCCAGCCACCGGGGUGAGGACCAUGAGAUCGCCCGCCUGGCAGCCAUUGAGUCAGAGUUGGAGAGCGUGGCCCAGAGGCUGCAUGAGCUGAGAAGAGGCUGAGCCAAGUUUAUCAUCCCCCUUCUUCUUCGCUGGUUUUUAACAUGUAUAUGUGAGCGGCAGACAUCUUGCUCUGUCCCUUUUGGAGUCGUCUCCAAAAAGAAGUGCUGGGUUCUGGUACUGUUCUGAACCACCUGUCAGUUCUGUGCACCUUACCCCCUCCUAAACUCAGACCCCUUCUCUUUCUCCCUCUUUCCACUAGACAUUCCCUCUUCUUCCUCCCUCUGACACCACUAUAAGAAAAUAUUACAUCGCCUGCUUCUAUAAUGAUUUUGCACUGUGCAAACAUAUAAGUAAAAUGCCAAGGACAGUAAUAGUAAUUAUAGUUAUCAUAUAAAACGUCAUACCUAUCAUUUUAAGGUUUUCUGUCAAGGCUGCACAUUGUAUAUGAAAGCAGGGUUAAUGUGUAAACAAGUAUACUUUACUUAGGCUAUUGUACUAGAUUACAUCUUACUUAUGACCCCUCUUGACAAAUGCAAUAACUCUACUCAUUUUUAAUAGUUUAAUGAUUCUAACAUAAUGAACUAAUUUAUCUAAGAAAACCAAUAAACUGGAUGAUAAUAUCAGAAAA